AUGGAAAAGUGGAGAAACAUCCCUUUGUCUAAGGAGGAGGAGGAAGGAGUAACGGCGGCGGUGGACGAAGUGUGUGAUGAGGAGGUUUUCCAACGAACGCUUGUUGGGAAACUUUGGACAGAGAGAAACUUCAACACGCGAGCCUUCACCAGCACCAUGAUUGAGGCGUGGAAGCUGAGAAAUCCUGUUGAGAUCCAAGAACUGAGUAAAAACUUAUUUUUAUUCAAGUUUGCAACAAAAAGGGAUCUCGAGAAUGUACUCAAAAAUGGACCGUGGAGCUUCGAUCACAACCUGCUAGUUCUGGAACGUGUCUCAGGCGAAGAACAACCCUCAGAUCUUAACAUGCAUUUUGUAGUGUUUUGGGUUAGGAUCUAUGAGCUUCCCCUCAUGCUCAGAUCUGAAACGAUGGCGUGGAAAAUUGGAGGAAUCCUAGGAACAUUUGAAGAAAUGGAUCAGAAGGACGCUCAUCGGAACGGGAGGUUUCUCAGAAUCAAAGUGAAGAUGGAUUUGAAGCUGCCUCUGAAAAGAGGAACCGUGGUGAAAUUCAAAGAAAAGAAACUGAGGGUCCAUUUCAAGUACAAGAGGUUACCAAAUUUUUGUUUCGCUUGUGGUAGGCUUGGACAUCAAUUAAAAGAUUGUGAGGCGUUGGAGGGUUUGGGAGAAGAGGGAUUCGAAGAGCUGGAUGAACAAGACUUGUCCUUUGGGCUGUGGCUCAGGGCUUCCCCUUUGCCAAAAGCGAUAGAAGAACAAAAGAGAAAGGAGUCAAGUUCAAGUACUUGCAGCAAGAGUCUCUUUAAUGUCUCUUCAAGCCAUAGCAGAUGCGGUAACAAAGGGAAAGAUAAAGGAGGCGAGGAGGUAGAACAACAACAUGGAGGAAACGGCUCCUCAAAGGAGACCCAAGAGGUGCAAAAGAAAGACAAGGUGGAUAAUAUGCGAGAAAUCGAAUCGGUAGCAGAAUCCCUAGGAGCUGUGGAGAUCUCCAACAAGAUCAACUUGAGUUCUGGAAAACAAAGGGUGGAGACAGAUACUGUGGAGGGAGAUUCAAUUCCAAAGAAGAGGAAGUGGAUUAGAAAGAAGCCGGUGAAGAAGGUGGGGCCGGUUUGUGUAGUAGAAAAGGGGGGAGAAUCUGGGAAACGUCAACUAUUUGAGAUUCCAAUUACGAAGGGGUCGGUGGAGGAGAUGGGGCAGGUAAUUAAGAAAAGGAAACAACCAGUGGCGGUGGAAGGAAGUGCUUCUCAAAAACAAGAGGUGGUGUUGGAAGACCAACACUGCCUAACCCAAUGA